AUGGGCGACGUACUCCAUGAGGAUGAUAGCUUACGGGCGAUAUUUUCUCGAGAGCCCUGGGAUGCCUUGUUCCAGGCCAAGCUUGGCCAGCUGUGCGCGGCAUACCUCGACGGCGCCUGGGCCCAAGUGGACUGCGCAAGCAUUCAAGUCACUGCUGCUACAGGCGGUGCAAACAAUCUGAUAUUUGUGGUGAAGCUACCAGAGGGGACGAGCACGGAGUACGGCGAGCCGCAUGCAGCGAUCCUUCGCAUUUACCGCAACCUGGGCGAGAAUCGUGAGCUUCCAGAGGGUCUUAUCACUGCGGUGCUUGCCGAAAGGGGCCUGGGUCCUGCUCUGCAUGGUGCGUUUCCUGGCGGACGCUUCGAGCAGUACAUACCUUCUCGGAUUCUGACCAACGAACAGUACUGCAAACCGUGUGUUGCGAGGGAGGUUGGUUGCAUUCUUGCGCGAAUCCACUCGCUCGAUAUGCCCGUUAACAAGCAACUCCGACUUGUGCAUUUCCUGGACGAGAUGCUCGGGCGGCUGAAACGAGCGGCUCGCUGGUCACGGGGCCAUCCGAUGCGUACCACGUUGGCAAGGGUCAAUAAAAAACUGUGCCCGGACGAAAUCACUAUCGAUUUGCUAGCGGAGGAAUUGGAAAUUUGCAAGAAGUGUUUGGCACGAAGUGGCAGCCCUAUUGUUUUUAGCAAUAAUGAUUUGCAUGAGGGAAAUCUGCUCCUGCGUGACGGUUUCGAAAUCACCGAUCAGGGCAUCGCUGGUAGCUCGGACGACUCGCCGUUGGUAUUGAUUGAUUACGAAUAUGCAUGUUAUUAUUAUCGCGGAUUCGACUUAUGUCAUUACUGCGUGGAAUGCUGUCAGAAUAAUGAGGGAAGAGAGUGGCCAUACUACCAAAUUAAGCAAGAACAGUGGCCAAGUGAAGAAGUUCAGCGCGAAUACAUUGGUUCUUAUUUGGAUGAAGCCGUUAAAGUAAAGCAUUUGUGUUCGUGUAUACGUGGCGCACCUCAUGAAGUCGUUGAGCUCUAUCUGGAGGUGUGUAGCUCGGGAAAAGGUCCCAACAUAGCUGUGCCUCGUAUCUGA